AUGUACUAUGAGGCCUGCUGCACUAAGGAGGCAGCUAUUAAGACCAGCUAUAGAGGCAGCUAUACUAAGGAGGCCUGCUGUACUAAGGAGGCCUGCUGUACUAAGGAGGCCUGCUGUACUAAGGAGGUCUGCUGUACUAAGGAGGCCUGCUGUACUAAGGAGGCCUGCUGUACUAAGGAGGCCUGCUGUACUAAGGAGGCCUGCUGUACUAAGGAGGCCUGCUGUACUAAGGAGGCCUGCUGUACUAAGGAGGCCUGCUGUACUAAGGAGGCCUGCUGUACUAAGGAGGCCUGCUGUACUAAGGAGGUCUGCUGUACUAAGGAGGCCUGCUGUACUAAGGAGGCCUGCUGUACUAAGGAGGCCUGCUGUACUAAGGAGGCCUGCUGUACUAAGGAGGCCUGCUGUACUAAGGAGGUCUGCUGUACUAAGGAGGUCUGCUGUACUAAGGAGGCCUGCUGUACUAAGGAGGUCUGCUGUACUAAGGAGGCCUGCUGUACUAAGGAGGCCUGCUGUACUAAGGAGGCCUGCUGUACUAAGGAGGCCUGCUGUACUAAGGAGGCCUGCUGUACACAUAAGGAGGCCUGCUGUACUAAGGAGGCCUGCUGUACUAAGGAGGCCUGCUGUACUAAGGAGGUCUGCUGUACUAAGGAGGCCUGCUGUACUAAGGAGGCCUGCUGA